GAAGAAAGAACUUGAUAAGAUGGAGCGUUAGGGAGAGACGGCGUUCUGGGGGGCAAAAGGAAACGGAUCGGGAUAAUUUAUAGUGCGAAAGCGACGUGUCUCGGUGGCUUCUAUAUGUUUGCGCUUCGUCUGUCUUUGUGUUGAGAGAAACUAAGAGCGAGGAUGGCCAGCGCCAGUGGUUCGAAAGCGGAAUUUAUCGUCGGUGGAAAAUACAAACUGGUCAGGAAGAUCGGCAGCGGCUCGUUUGGGGAUAUCUACCUGGCGAUCAACAUCACCAACGGCGAGGAGGUGGCCGUGAAAUUGGAAUCACAGAAAGCGAGGCAUCCUCAGCUUCUCUACGAGAGUAAACUGUACAAGAUUUUGCAGGGAGGAGUCGGUAUCCCGCACAUCCGGUGGUAUGGUCAAGAAAAGGAUUAUAAUGUCCUAGUUAUGGACUUGCUUGGACCUAGCCUUGAAGAUCUUUUUAACUUCUGUUCACGCAGAUUCACGAUGAAAACUGUUCUGAUGUUAGCUGAUCAGAUGAUCAGCAGAAUUGAGUAUGUGCAUACAAAGAAUUUUAUUCACAGAGAUAUCAAACCAGACAACUUUCUAAUGGGUAUUGGACGUCAUUGUAAUAAGUGUUUAGAAUCUCCAGUGGGGAAGAGGAAAAGAAGCAUGACUGUUAGCCCUUCUCACGACCCAGCUUUCUCAGGAUUAAAUCAGCUGUUUCUGAUUGACUUUGGUUUGGCCAAAAAAUACCGUGACAAUCGGACAAGGCAACAUAUACCAUACAGAGAAGACAAAAAUCUUACAGGGACAGCCCGUUAUGCCAGCAUCAAUGCACAUCUAGGUAUUGAACAGAGUCGUCGUGAUGAUAUGGAAUCACUAGGCUAUGUACUGAUGUACUUCAACAGGACAAGCCUUCCUUGGCAAGGGCUGAAGGCAGCCACAAAGAAACAGAAAUAUGAAAAGAUUAGUGAGAAGAAGAUGUCCACGCCAGUUGAGGUUUUGUGUAAGGGAUUCCCUGCUGAGUUUGCAAUGUAUCUGAACUACUGUCGUGGAUUACGUUUUGAAGAAGCACCAGAUUACAUGUAUCUCCGACAGUUAUUCCGCAUUCUCUUCAGAACCUUAAAUCAUCAGUAUGACUAUACAUUUGACUGGACAAUGUUGAAGCAAAAAGCAGCACAACAAGCAGCUUCUUCUAGUGGUCAAGGGCAACAGGCUCAAACACCCACAGGCAAGCAAACUGAAAAAUCCAAAAGCAACAUGAAAGGUUUCUGAUCUCAAGGUUGAAGCAAAGGAACAAAGCAGCAUGUGAGAGCAGGUUGCCUUUUGUCACUCCCCUUCUGAUUUUUGUUUCACGUGUACAAGCCAUUCAGUGGACAACCUUUAAACUGGUGAAUUAAACUCUACUGGAUACAGCUGACUCUGGGAAGAGCAUAUAAAAAAACUGUACCUGCAACUGUAGCAGCCUUUAAUCAAACUAAUUCCUGGAAAAGCGCAGUUUCAUCUUUCAAAAUAGAGCAACUGAAGCAGACUUGCUGGUGUACAGUUUUCUUUAUUCAAUAAAUGGGAUGUAAGAAUGUGGUUGAAACAGUGGAGAGAAAAUUAACAUUGUGAAUUUGCCAAUCUUUCCUUCAUUUUUUUGUUUCUGCACUGCUUGGAAAUUAAAUGAUGUCUCAAAGUGGCACAUGGAAGUUGCUCCUUAAGCAGUCUCUGAAUUUUGCCCCAAGUGUUUACUUGAAAGGUGCACUGCAUUCACCUAUCUUCUCCCUUGUAAUGUGUUCCAAAUCUCUUGUUACCUACUAGAAAAAUGGUAAAUCUCUUAAAACUGGGAUUUCUUUAUUAAAUCACCUGCAGCCAGUAGUGAAUCAAUAGCAACCAAAGAAUCCAAGUUUCCUGUUGGAAGGACUCUGCCUGCUGUCUUGUGCUAGAGUGGUAUCUUUUGUGAAGAAAUGAUAAAACUAGUGACUACUAGAUAAAACUAGAAUUCCACAUUAAGUAUAUUGUACUUGGUUAAAAGAAAAGCUUAGUCAUCGCAAAGCUUAGCUAACAACUUAAGACUGAAAUUGUGGCUUAGUUAGCAUUGUAAUCACUGUACACAUCUACUCUGACCUGGGGUUUACAGUGUUUUUGAAUAUUGGCUUUUUUGUUUACAUGUUAACUGAAUAAGAACAUAUGAUUCGUGUAAAAGAAUAGGGUUAUUUUGUAAUGCUCUGCUAAACUUCCCUAUUUGCUUUGUAACUUCUCACCCUUCCACCUUUUUUAAAAGAAACUAAACUUUCAUCAGCCAGUUUAUUUUAAAAUGUUGCAUUUCUUCACAGAUGGCUUUAGAUUUGUAGACAGAUGUACCUUUUUUUUAUUAAUACAAUGGAUAUUUUGUAUUUGCAGGGGUAUUAGCUUUGUCUUACUGCAGUGAAACCUAUUAUAAAGAGAAUGUGUCCAUGAUGGAGCCUCUGCAGCUACUAAGCGUAUGCCAUUGUAUACUCAACAGUGGCUAAAUUUUGAAGUUUCUUUUGAAAUAUUAAAAAGUGUGUUGGAGGUUUUUUUUACUUUUGUCUUGGUAAAAUGAAUGAUAAGUAACAUGUUUUGCAGUUGAGGUGUACAGUGCAGUAAUGGCAACUGUUGCUGGCUGUGAUACUGGCCCAGCUAAAAUCUUUUAUUGCUAGAAGUACUUUAACAGUGUAAUUUAUUCCUUUUUAGCAUGUAAGAAUAAAUUAAAAACAAUUACUUGUUGAUCAUCUGGCCAGUCUUAAUUUUUGACAAUUUAUCAUGCAAGAUAUAUAAGAAAGGUACAAGGUUUGUAUUCCCCAACAAAAUGUGCUAUAAUCCAGUUACUUUAAUUUGAAUUUGUUUGGUUUCUGCCUAUGAAAUAGCACUUUUAUUUGUCAAUAAUCUGUCCAAAUAUUAUUGCAAUAGAUUUGGAAGGAAGAUUAUUGCCUUUAUCCUGCUUUUAAUUCUUUGUUACAGGGAGCAAGCGCUCUUAUUUUGAGUUUCCCCUGUUAAAGCACAAUCUACACUGAUUGCUCCUUGCUGAAGACAAAAUUGUCUGAUGGUUAUUUUCAAUUCUGCAUACUUCAAAUACAGCUCUAAGUUGUUUAAUCACUAAAAUGUAUAAAAGAGGCUGGAUGAUUAUUUUCCUGGUGAAAUAAUGAUAAGCUCUUUUUGAAAAAUAUGUCCUAACCAGAACUUCCCCAUUAAAUAAAUUUGUCCUAGCUUUUAUGUUUGUAUGUUCAAAUGUGUAUACAUAACAAUUGCAAAAGCAUAGUCUCUUGUUUGACAUUUGUCUAUUCCCAAUCUUGACCAAAGCUUCUGCUUAAUACAACCUAACCUAGAUUAAGAAGUGUAGUAUAAAAUAUUAUUAGCAGUGAUUAGCUUGAUGUGUUUGGCUCUAACUGAAGUUAAUUUUAUCCCUUGAGCUUGACUGCAGGUUGAUUGUUAUGAUCAGAAAUAUAUGCCUGUUGCUGAAAAUAUUAAUUGUUUUGCCUCUUGAAUCGGACAAACUAUUGUAAAACACUAUGCACACAAAGUUAAAUUUGUGUAGAGGAUGCAUUUUAAUACACUUGCCCACUAUUUCUUUACUACUAAAAUUUCCCUAAUUUUUCUAAUCAAAAGCUGUGAAAAGUAAAAGAAACCUGUGACAUGUGCCAUUGGUCACAUGGUGUUAAACACAUGUUAGACUAUCACUAAUUUCCUGAUAAUUGUUUUCAUUAACUUGAUAAUAGACUGGCAGGAGUGAAUUUUACCAGUGGCUGAAAUGUCUACUUGCAAGUAGCAAGGAUACAAUUCUCUCCCAAGAGUGAAAAACAUUUUGUCAAUUGAAUAUUUUUAAAAAGUGCAGAGUCCUAUGCAAAAUAACAUCUAAGAAAAGAUGGCAUGAUUUCUUUUUUUUUGCCAGUGCAAUGAAUUGUUAAAGUAUUGAAUAUCUAAUAGUAAUACUGGAAAGUUGCUUUUUUAUCAUAGUCCAUGAAGGACUGAGCUACUGCUUUCUUACUCAUUUUUCUUUUGGUCUAUUCUAGUUCUUAUUUUUAUCAUUGUUUUUCAGAAUGUGAGAGUUCAAUUAUAUGGAUUUUAUAUCAAAUAUCUGUAUAUAUCGGGAUAUUGUGACAUCCAGUGAUGGGACAGCAAUGUUUGCCAAUCAGCAUGCAAUCUUUGAAGUGUGAUACGGCUGUAUUCCUUCUGUUCCAUCUAUUUGAAAGUUCUGAAAUAAAAUACAAGUUGUUUUGAAUUAA